CUGGAGCCUCCUGCUCCUCCGCCCCUCUGCGUCUCCGUCAGUCCGCCGUUCGCUCGCUGUCUGUCGGCUAACCGUUAGCUUCAGCUCCGCUCACACACGACGCGACGAUGGCGGACGCGGCCCGGGACCCGCAGCAGGAUGACACCGGCCUCCUGGAGCUGGAGGACGGGGAGGACCUGUUCCCGGAGCCGGGGCCGGGGCCGGCCCUGGAGGAGUCGGGUCCGGCCAGUCUGACCACAGAGGACCUCAGCACCAACGCCAACGGACCCAAACAGGCCUCGCUGUUCGACGACGACCCCGACGACCUGUUCGCAGAGGCCACAGAGGAGGUUUCGUUGGACAGUCCGGACAGAGACGUCCUGUUGUCCGAUGGCCCGUCGCCCGCCAUCACCCCCAUGACCCCGCCCACCUCCGUCAUCACGCCUCGCAUCGGCCACGCCCACGACGACAUGUUCACGCACUCGUCCUUCGAUGAGAUCGAGGAGGAGGACGGUGGAGAUUCGUUCGACAUACACAUAUCAGUGUCCGAUCCAGAGAAAGUCGGUGACGGCAUGAACGCGUACAUGGCGUACAAAGUGACCACCAAGACCUCCAUGUCUCUGUUCAAACUGAGGGAGUUCUCGGUCAGACGUCGUUUCAGUGACUUCCUGGGUCUGCACAGUAAACUGGCAUCCAAGUACCUGCACAUCGGAUACAUCGUCCCCCCCGCCCCAGAGAAGAGCAUUGUGGGGAUGACCAAGGUGAAGGUGGGGAAGGAGGACCAGUCGUCCAAUGAGUUUGUGGAGAAGAGGAGGUCGGCUCUGGAGAGAUAUCUGAUGAGGACGGUCAAACACCCGAUCCUGCUGAAGGAUCCAGACGUCCUGCAGUUCCUGGAGAGUUCAGAGUUGCCACGGGCGGUCAGUACUCAGGCUCUUAGCAGUGCUGGACUCCUGCGGAUGGUCAACAAGGCCGCAGACGCCGUCAACAAGAUGACCAUCAAGAUGAACGAGUCCGACGCCUGGUUCGAGGAGAAGCAGCAGCAUUUUGAGAACCUGGACGUCCAGCUGAGGAAACUUCACGCCAGUGUGGAGUCGCUGGUCCUUCACAGGAAAGAACUGUCCAUGAACAUGGCGUCGUUCGCUAAGUCGGCGGCCAUGUUGGGGAACAGCGAGGACCACACGGCGUUGUCCCGAGCUUUGUCUCAACUGGCCGAGGUGGAGGAGAAGAUCGACCAGCUGCAGCAGGACCAGGCCAACGCAGACUUCUACUUCCUGUCCGAGCUGCUGGGAGACUACGUCCGCCUCAUCACCGCCGUCAAGGGCGUGUUCGACCAGCGUAUGAAGACGUGGCAGAAGUGGCAGGACAGUCAGAUGAUGCUGCAGAAGAAACGAGAGGCUGAAGCCAAACUGCAGUUCAACAACAAACCAGACAAACUGCAGCAGGCCAAGGACGAGAUCAAAGAGGAGAUUGAGGAGUUGGAGAUGAAAGUUCAACAGGGAGAACGAGACUUCGAACAGAUUUCCAAAACCAUCCGCAAAGAAGUCGGCAGGUUUGAGAAGGAGCGGGUGAAGGACUUUAAAUCCACUGUCAUUCAGUACCUGGAGACGCUGCUUCAGACACAACAGCAGAUGAUAAAGUACUGGGAGGCCUUUUUACCCGAGGCCAAGGCCAUCUCAUAGACUCCACCCACUGCGCUCCAACUACACUACCCAUAAUGCACCUGUCCGCCUCCUGUGUUCAUGCAAAGACGUGACGAGCCGCCGAUCAGCUCCAGUGACUUUUCUGCAGUGAUUCAAAGACUUGUAGCCUUGAACUCAUCAUCUUAUAACGACCACGACGCCGUGCUGCGUUCGAGUCCCGUAGGAACAUCUGGGCUCAUGGCACCCAUUUAAGCUCUGUGUACGAUCUGGAUAAACUGGAAGCCGGUGUGUCCUACAGGACUUAAACGCAGCACGAGCCUGGUGAUGGUUUCGAUCUUUUUUCUACUUCACAGAUUUUUAUUUUAAUGCACUUUGUUUGAUUAUUUCAGAUUUUUUUAUUUUGGGUGGAGGGCGAACUGGGACGUGGGCGGAGCCACUCACAAGGCUUUACUUUUAUUUAUAAACCGUCACUGAAAGAGACGCUUUAAUUUAAUGUCUUUAAACACUUUUAUUUCCCGUCGGUUUGGCGUCUGAGUGUACGGAAGCACAUUACAGCCAAGAGUAAACUACGGAAAUUUAAAAAUAAAUCAGAAAGUUAGUUCAUUUUUAAAUGUGAUACGUGGAUAUUUAUUAAAACACAACCAGAACAAAUUUAUUGGCUAUAAACAGAAACAAAUGAGGGAAAAUAAAUUAAAAAAUUGACAAAAAAUAAGAAAAAAUUGAAGUCAGUAAUACUUUCAUGAUGAUUUAUUUUAUCAUUUCGGGGUUUUUUUGGCAUGUAAGGGCUUCCAUACACACACCUUUAAAGACUACAUUACCCACGAGCCCCCGGCUGUGGCUACAGAAACUAUUAAAUGCUCCUUUUUUUUUUUUUUUUUUAUCCACUGUUUUCUACCAAACUGUAACUGCGCCGUUGGCUCCAGUGGAACACCGUACCGCUCUCUGAUUGGACGUCUGUAGCAGCAGUGCACUCUGGGAGUCGUAGUCCAGUUGUCCUCUGGGGGCUCAUUAAUGAAGACAGGACAGUUGUUUGUCUUCGUUGUGUUUAAUGACGCUAACAGAAGGUAAAUAUGGAAGCUGUUAUUGUUUUAAUGCUGUUAUUUACAGAUUUAUGGGUUUAACGUAAAAAUAAAAAAAAAACAGAUUCACUGAAAUAAUGAUUUAAUUAAAGUCCAGUUUAAUGAAGUUACUGAUCUGAUAAAUGUUACAAAUAAUACAUAGAAUUAAUUCUUUUAUCUUGACCUGCUCAAGUACAAUUUCUGAAAAUAAAGAAAUAAAUUCAUCAGUUUUCACGAGAAAAUAAGCUUUAUUAUAUGAAUGUAAUGAAAUAUUUGUCAGAUUUCAGCAGAAAAUGAGCUUUGACGUCUCGAUGAUGAGAUAAUUAACGAGUUACCUCGAGAAAAUGACCAAAUAAUCAGUGUUCUUUGUGAAAACAAGCUUCGUUACUGUGAAAUAAUUUAAUAUUUAACCUGUUUUCAUGAUUUAAUAUAGAUUUGCAUGUGAAUAAAAUCUGGUUCCUCAAGAUAAAUUCACUCAGAAUUCAACAUUUUUCACAAGUUCUUAUAAGAAAAACUUUUUUCCUGGAGAUAUUGAACAAAAAAAUUAACUAUUGAGAGAAAGCAACAAAAACAACAAAAAAUUAACAUUGCCUUAAAAAAAAAAGGUAUAUGUUGACAUAAUAUUUUAUUACAAAACACAACUUGUUGUCAGCAAAUAAUGAAAUAAUCUGUGAUUUAAGACGACGAAUGAAAUAAUUGAUCAGUUUUAACAUGAAAACAGUGUUAAUAAUGUUGUUAAUAAUCAAAUAAUUUCCCUCUCCUUUAUUGUUAUUUUACAGUAGCACAGCCAAGUUUAAGGGACGCUCCAUCAGGUCAACAUAAUAAAAGGAAAUGUAUGUGGAAAAAAUAUGAAGUCUAUAAUAUAAAAUCAUGUCCAGUUUAUAUAUUAAUACUUCACAUGUAGAUUUAUAAUCACAUACUGCAGUCUAUAGGUAUAUAAAUAAUCACAUAAAAACAUACUUUAUCAUUGUGAAAAUAUAAAUUUACCUCCUGUUAUAACAGUACGGAAGAGGACUAGGGCCACUGGAAAAAUAAAUUUAAUUAUUUUUUUAUUAUUAGUCUGAGAAAAAAAAGUCAGAAUUCUGAGAAAAAAGUCAAAAUUUUAAGAAAAAAGUCAGAAUUCUGAGUAUAAAUCAAUUCUGAGAAAAAAAAGUCAGAAUUCUGAGUUUAAAGGCAGAAUUUGGACUUUAAUUAAUAAUAAUAACAUAUGUAUUGGAUCUUAAUUUUUUUUCCAGUGGCCCUAAUCGUCUUCCGUAAAACAGUCUUUGACGUUGACAGAAGGAAAUAAUGAACUAGAUUUGAUGAAAUGUCAUAAAUACUUUUUUUUUUUUUUUUGAAAUAAUGAGCUAAAUGAAGCUGUUAUAACGAGAAAAUGAUCAAAACUAUUAAUAAAAUACUGAAAUGAUUGGCCUUAAAUUGAAUAAAAUCAGCUGUAUUUUCAAUUUCAUGAAAUUAUGACCCAUUUUUUUCUGUAAAUAACGUCAUUAAAUGAUCCGGUUUCCGUCGAUAAUGGACUAAAAUCUGUAAAAUCCGAUUUUAUUUCCGGAACGUGAACCUGACCUGGAGUCGGUGACCUCAUCCUCACUUUUAUUUCAGUUUUUGAGGUUUUUUUUUCCUGUUUUGUUUCGUGUCGGUUUCGCCACUUCCUGUGACGCCUUUCAAAACAAAAGCCUCUGUUUGUUGCUGAAUGACCGUCAGUGAAGGCAACACUUCCUGUUUCCUGUUUGAGUCGAUGACAGAAGAAGAAGAAACUGGACUCGGUUCAUUCUGUGACGCUUUGACGAUCUUUAGGUUCGUCUCAGUUUGUGUCGUCGUCGGUUUCAUGACCCGCUGUUGAAUCCAAAGCCUCCGAUUAAAAAUAGUUGAUUUCAGAUGACGAUGCAUUCAAUGACCCUGUGUUAUCGUCAUUUCUUCAGGUUCUGGUUUAUUGGUUCAAUAAACGAUUUCUUUUAGUGUUUUUGUGUCAACAUGAAAAAAGUCAAACCUUUAUUCAAACUAUUCACUGAAUGUGUGCGAUAAAAACAAGGAAAAAAGCAUGAAUAAAAACAAUUAAAGUAAAAUAAAUCACAGAUUACGACGAACAAACACAAAUUUGGAUUUUCCCAGUUUUUGCUCAAACUACACAAUAAGAGAACAUUAAUAAACAUUAAUUAAAGGUUCAAUUAGUGACAUUUAGGAAGGUUUAAUUAUUUAAAAAAAAAAAAAAAACAACAGUAUUUUAUUAGUGUAGAAUAAACCAAGACAGAUUUAUUUCUGUUUUUACAUUUGGACGAUAAUUUAAAAAAACAAACAAACAUGUAAAAUGAAAAACUGUCUUUUCGCUGUAAUCUGCAGAUUGACCACCAGAUGUCACUAAAUAUCACAAACUGAGCCUUUACCGCAGUAAUAAACAUUAACUCAUGUUAGUUAACUGUUAAUACGUCAUUUACUCAUGUGUUCAUGUUCUAGUAUUUACAUUAUUUACAUUUUCAGAUUUAAUUUAUUCAAAGGAUGUUAUUAUCUUUAGUUUAUCAUUAGUUAACAGUUUAUUAAGUGUUAGUUAAUGUUUAUCAUUGCACUAAUUAAUGUUAGUUAAAGGCUCAGUGUGUAAACUGUUGGAAAAUUUAGGGGUUUUUUUGCUAAUUGCGCUAGUCAUUAACUGCUAACCCUAAACCUAACCCCUAACUGCUAAUUGCGCUAGCCGCUAAUUGCGCUAACCCUAAACAUAAUCCUAAUCCCUAACCCCUAAUCGCGUUAACCCUAAACCUAAGCCCUAACCGCUAAUUGCACUAGCCGCUAAUUACACUAACCCUAACUGCUAAUUACGCUAACCGUUAGCCAUAACCCCAACUGCUAAUUACACUAACAGCUAACCCUAAACACAACCCUAACCACUAAUCGCACUAACCCUAACGGCUAAUCGCGCUAGCCUCUAAUCGCGUGUCAUUUUCCACGGCAUAAACAUACACGCUGAAAGCUUAUAAUGCGUACGAUAAUGCGCCACUUUUGAGCAGUGCAUUAUCUGUACACAAUUUAUGAUAUUAUGCUGCUACUUAACUUCUUUUUCAUCCUUUCUUUUAUUUUUCGUAUUAAACCAGGCGACAUCUGAUGCUAACGUUCAUUACUGUCAGAGUUUCAACCAAAUUAAAAUCCCUUUAAUUAAAAACCAAACAAACACUGACAUUGUCUGUAAGUGACGACAGAGUGGUGCAGUUCGCAUUUCCGCCACUAGGGGGUCACUAAACACGACACAUUAUAAAGUUUUACUGAUGAUGUUCGACACUUUAUAUGAUUUUAACCAUUUCUUCUGUUAUUCCGACAAAACAGAACCAAAGGAAAGUAACAUUAUCGUUCUGUUUCCUUGAAGAAAAGUCGCAGUUGUUACUGAGUCAGAUCGGAAUCAUACAACAAGUUUUACGAAUUUCACAGAAGAAACACUUACUAAAGGGUUCAUCCUUAUUUUUUUCGCGUUUGUGUCGUUGCUGCUGAAUGAACCGAGGUGCCGUCGUUUCCUCUUCCUUCGUUCUUGGUUUGAGUUCGAACAGAUGAAGGUGGUUUGUGAUUGGUCCGUCCGUCCGUCCGUCCAGAGAUCAGCCUCGGACUGUGAACGUUUUUUUUGUGGCUGUUUCUUCUGGUGUUGAUUUAAAACCGAAGUUGUUGAAUUUAAAGCACAUUUUUAUUUAUGUGAAUCGUAUUCGUUGUUUGUUUCAUUAAUCUUUUUUUUCUUUUCCUGAUUUAACUGGAAUUCUUUUCGAUUGUUUGUGUUCAACCUCGUCCUUUCAGUCUUAAUCAUUUAACGCUGAGUUGAUUGUCUGUUUUGUUUUUUUUUGCUUGAUGAAUUGCGACGUUCAGGAGUUUGGGGUUGAUUUAAUUUUUUAUUUUUGCAGAUGAUGAAAUGCUUUAUCUGAACUGAAGAUUUUUUUUAACUCUUGGUUUGAUGCGACAUUCCUGAAAGAGGACGUUUGAGUACUUGAAUGAAAAAUAAAGGAAUGUAUCUGA